AUGGUUCGCUUCUCCUCCGGCGAAUCUGGAGUCCUCAUCAACGAGUGGUGGGUGCUUGCUCAAGGAGACUACGAUGGGAUCCAUGAGGAAGUAUCAGCUCGACUGGGGGUGGAUGACCUGACUGGCCACUCGGAUGGUGAGCAGCAGAUAGCUGUGGACAUGUGGAUAAACCAUGAACCUUACCGGCGGCGCAAUAGAGGUCCUGCUCAUGACCUGGCCCUGGUCAGACUGGCCCAGCCUGCACGCCUGACGCCCCAGGUGCAGCCGGCACCCUUACCCACACAAUGUGCACAGGCUGGGGAGCUGUGUGUGGCGACCAGCUUUGCAUCAACCUCUGGAUCAGGAAAGCAGCAGUGUUUGGUUCAGAAGAUGCUGAGUGACAGCGUGUGUGAGCGGCUAGGUCCAUGGUGGAGCCCGUACAUGACCUGCACAGGAUCCCAUCCCAGCUCAGGAGGCCACUGCAUGGGCGUCGAGGGCUUCGGAUGGAUGUCCGAUGGCUGCUCUCACGGCAAGCCUGACACCUACGCCAAAAUCUGUAAAUAUCGACACUGGAUAGACAGCGUCAUGAGCAGCGUGACCCCUCCACCGACCACUCCUCCACCCCCUGCACCCUCUGAGUCCCCUUUCACCCUGCCCCCUGGAUUUGAAACCACCACCACCACUCCAUGCUACAUAGACACAGAUACAUAG